AUGUAAAUUCUUUUCACUCCAGGACCUCUUUUAACAACUAAAACUGUUAAAGAAGCUGCUUUAGUUGAUAUGGGUUCAAGAGAUCCAAAAUUUAUCUAAAUAAUUCAAAAUAUUAGAUCGAGUUUGUUGAAAUUAUCAAAUGUAGAUGAAAAAGAUUAUACAGCAGUACUUCUCUAAGGAAGUGGUACAUAUGCAAUUGAAGCAACAUUUCAUACUGUAUUGAAAAGAGAAACAGAUAAGUAAUUAAAUCAAAUUUUGAAAUUAGAGUACUUGUAGUUUCAAAUGGAGCUUAUGGAGAGAGACAAGCUAAAAUAUUAUCUGCUAUAAAUAAAAAAUAUGUAAAAUUAUCAUAUGAUGAAAAUCAAAAAUGUGUAAUUGAAGAUAUCAUUAAAGCAAUUUAAGAAGAUCCAGAAAUUACUCAUUUAAGUAUGGUACAUUCUGAGACAACUUCUGGAAUUAUUAAUGAUAUUGAUUUUAUUCACAAAUUAAAUAGAAAAGUAGUAUUUAUAUUGGAUGCUGUCAGUUCAUUUGGAGCUUAUGAAAUUCCAGUUUCAAAAUUAAAUAUCGAUUUCUUAAUAUCAACAAGCAAUAAAAAUAUAUAAGGUUUACCUGGAUUUGCCUUUGUAAUUGCAAAUAAAUAAUUAUUAUCUCAAUGCAAAGGCAAUGCUAAUUCUUUAGUACUUGAUCUAUAUGAUCAAGAAGAAUAUAUGCUUAAAACUUCAUAGUUCAGAUUUACACCUCCAACACAUGUAUUAAGAUGCUUUGAAUGUGCCUUAAAAGAAUUUGAAGAAGAAGGAAGCAUUAAAGGAAGAUAAAAAAGAUAUACAGAAUUAUAACAAUUUUUAUCGUAAGAAAUGCAAAACUUGGGAUUUAAACUUUUCGUUGAUCCUAAAGAUUAAGGUUGUAUUAUAACUACAUUCCUCUUCCCAAAAGAUCCCAAAUUUAAUUUCAAUUGUAAUAAAUAAUUAAUAUCUAUAGAAUUUUAUGAUUAUUUAGCAAACAAAAAUCUUAUUAUUUAUCCUGGAAAAAUGACUAAGGCAGAAACCUUUAGAAUAGGCUCUAUUGGUGCCUUAACAAUGGAUCAUAUGAUAUCACUUAUUGAAGAAAUUAAAACAUACAUAACAGAUACAAAUUUGUAAGUUUCAUGA